UUCCCCUCCGAGGCAGGAAAGGAGGGGCUCCGUGGGCGUGCUGGCCUCACCCCGCCUCCUUUGCUGCCUGGAGCCCCAGCCACCGGACAGGGUUGUUCUUCACUAGUCAGAGCAACGGGCAACAGCAGCUAUUGCCUGGACAAGACUGAUUAAGAAAGGUGACCAGCUUUUCCAGCUCCUUUUGAACUGGGGGAUGCCCCUGUGAGAGCACCACCGCUACUGCCACCAUGUCUAUGUACCUGAAGCAUUUCACCGUGGUGGGGGACGACCCCGCGCAGUGGAACAACGACUACAAGAAAUGGGAGGAAGAAGACAUGGAGGAGGAAGGGGAAGGCAAAGCGCCCGAUGCAGCCAUCAAGGUGGAUUCCCCGCCAAGGCCCCCAUCCUUCCGGGAUGUGAUGAAGAAGCUGUUCCAGUCGCACAAAUUUCAGAUCUUGAUUGUUGGCCUAGUUAUCGCGGAUGCCAUCUUGGUGCUGGGGGAACUGCUUUUGGAAUUAAAAAUCAUCCAUCCAGACAAAGGCGAGAUUGUGCCUAAGGUCUUCCACUACCUGAGCCUCUCCAUUUUGACCCUCUUUCUGGUGGAAGUGAGCUUCAAACUCUUUGCCUACCGCCUAGAGUUCUUCAAGCACAAGUUUGAAGUCCUGGAUGCCAUUGUGGUCAUUGUCUCCUUUGUCCUUGACAUUGUCCUCCUGUUCCGGGAACACGAGUUUGAAGCCCUCGGGUUGCUGAUCCUCUUGCGAUUGUGGCGCGUGGCCCGGAUUAUCAACGGGAUCAUUUUGUCCGUGAAGACGCGGUCUGAACAGCAUGUCUCUAAGCUGAAGCAAGCCAACCUGCAGCUCACUGUGAAGGUCCAACAGCUGGAAGGCAAUUGCACAGAGAAGGAGAUAGAAAUCGAAAGGCUGACCAACCUACUAAAACAACAUGGCCUUCUCACCCAGCUCAGAUAGAUGCCUGGUCGUGACUCUCCUGGGCUUGAAUGCCGUUCCUGGAAAGGAGUCCUGGUGUCGAAAAGCUAUUUCUCUCCCCCGCUUUAUACUGUGACAUUUUGAAAAUCUCCUUUUGUACAUUCCCUGCCUUGUUGGUAAGCCUUUUCUUCUGUGUCCUUGGCUCCCCCCCCCUCCCCCAACCUUUUAUCAGUGUUGUCAAACCAGUCCACAAGCUGGAAGACUUAAUUAUUCCAAUCUUUAAUUGUACAGCUGUACAGUGUGAAAAUAAAUAAACAUCACUUUAAAAAGCUGAA